CCCAUAUAUUCCCCUCCAUUGCUGUCCCCCGCCCUAACCCUUUCUUCCCAUCUGAAAAAAAACAAGUACAGUGAAUACACCCUUCUUCUUUUUCGGCUAAAAAAACAAGGACAAAAAAAGUCUUGAUUGAGCAGCCGAUGUUUCCUUUAUUCCAAGGCAAUGAGCUGUGCUUCCAGAUCUCCUCCUCCUCCUCAUCACCAUAUCCUCAAGAUCUGAUUCUCCCCACCAACACCACUCCUACUCCUAUACCUAACCCUCACCAUACUUAUCAUGCUCCUGCUCCACGGCGGCGGAAGAAGCCGGCUUCUGAUCCUUCCGUCAUGGAGAAUAGUAUUAGCGGCGGUGCAGCUAAGGACGGCGGCGGCCAGGAGCAGCACGAGAAGAAAGUGAUGCACAGAGAGAUCGAGAGGCAGCGGCGGCAAGAGAUGGCCACCCUCUACGCUUCCCUUCGUUUCCUCCUCCCUCUUCACUUCAUCAAGGGAAGGAGAUCGAUGUCGGACCACAUGAACGAGGCGGUGAAUUACAUAAAGCACUUGCAGCGGAGGAUCCAAGACCUCGACGCCCACAAGAACCAGCUCGUGAUUGUGAAGAAGAAGAAUGCUACGUUGACCAAUAAUAUUGGCUCGAGUAGUGCUACUACCGCUUCUGUCACUGCGAGGCCAAGCGGUGGGCAUCCGACGGUGGAGGUCCGGCGGUGUUUGGGCGGCUUGGAGAUCGUGCUGGCGGAGGAGGGCGGCGGCGGCAGCCUGCGGCUGUCGAGGGUGAUGCGGUUGUUGGUGGAGGAAGGGGUUUCGGUGGUCAACUGCGUCUCCACCGUAGUCAACCGGAAAAGCUUCCACACGCUCCUUGUUGAGGUUGAGGAGCCGACAAGCUUCGACACACGUGCGCUGCAGCAGAAGCUGAUGAGGAUUAACUUAAUCCUUGAUCAUUAGUUUCGGUUUGAUGAUCACGAUGUUUGAUUAGUUUGAUGAUCAUGUAGGAUUAAUUAGCGAUGGUUGAUGGUCUCCUGUUGGGGGGUUUGGUUAAUUUAGUGCUCAUCAUGAGAGUUAAUAAUGGUGGUGAGGUGAUCCAACUAUUAGUUUCCCUUUCCUAACCACCAAGCUUAGCUAGAUUAACUUAAUCCUUGAUCGUUAGUUUCAGUUUUUUUUUUUGGUGCCAAGGUGGGAUUGAUUCAGCAUUAACACGUACGAUAACAGUUAAUCACAUUCUAGUUUUGAUUUCCUGAGGUGGGACGAACUACAUGAUUAAUUACCUUGGUGUUUCGUUGUUAAUUAAC